AUGUCAAAAUUAAAUCCAGUUACAAAACAUAAAGAAUUUAAUGGAUUAUCAGGUGCAAUAGGUAUAACAUUGGGAUUACCAAUAGUAUUAAUAUUUUUUGCAUUUGUAACAAAUGAUAAUUAUUCAUUACAAGGUAUAAAUCUACAACUAGCAAAAGUUGUAGAUCAAUUACCUUCUAACAAACAAGAAUUUUUUGAGUUAUGUUUUAAUAAAAAAGUUUGGGCAGCUUAUAUGAGUUGGUUUUGGGGUUUAGUUUUAUUAGAUAGAAUUAUACCUGGUAAGAAUUUAGAUGGAACUAAAUUAAGAGAUGGGACCAAAUUAAAUUAUAAAAUUAAUGGAAUUGGAAUGAGUAUUACUUUAAUUGUUUUAUUAAUUUCAAGAGUAUUUAUUGUUUCAAAUUAUAAUUUGCCUGAAUUACAAUUCAUUUAUGAUAAUCAAAUUCCUUUAUUAUUCACAUGUAUUAUAUUUUCGUUUUUAUUGGCUACAUUUGUUUAUAUAAUAAGUUUUAUUCCAUUAACUCAUCAAAAUGGUGUUGGUACAAAAGAAAGAAUAUUAAGUGUUAAUGGUAAUACUGGAAAUCCUAUAUAUGAUUGGUUUAUAGGUAGAGAAUUAAAUCCAAGAAUUGGAGGUUGGGAUAUAAAAUUAUUUUGUGAAUUAAGACCAGGUAUGCUAUUAUGGUUCUUGAUAAAUUUAAGUUGUGCACAUAAUCAAUAUCAUAAAUUAGGGUAUGUUACAGAUUCAAUGAUCUUAAUUAUUGUUUUACAAGCUUUUUAUACUUUUGAUGGUGUAUUAAAUGAAGAAGGUUGUUUAACUAUGAUUGAUGUUACAACUGAUGGAUUUGGAUUUAUGUUAAGUUUUGGAGAUUUAGCUUGGUUACCAUGGAGUUAUUCUUUACAAACUAGAUAUAUGAGUAUCAAAGGAAAUGAAGUAAAUUUAGGUUUGAUAAAUGUUAUAUUGAUCUUAGUAUUACAUUUUGUUGGUUUUUACAUCUUUAGAGCAUCGAAUCAACAAAAAUCAGAUUUCAAAAAUGGGAAAUUACCACAUAUGAAAUCUAUUAAGACCAAGACAGGUUCUCAAUUAUUAUGUCAAGGAUGGUGGGGAUUAUCUCAACAUAUAAAUUAUUUUGGUGAUUGGAUUUUGGCGUGGUCAUGGUGUUUACCUACUGGGUUUCAAACUCCAUUAACUUAUUUCUAUAUGAUUUAUUUUGCUAGUCUUUUGGUGCAUAGACAAAUUAGAGAUGAUAUGAAAUGUAGUGAAAAAUAUGGUGAUGAUUGGAAAAAAUAUAAAGAAUUAGUUCCUUAUAAAAUUGUACCAUAUGUUUAUUAA